GGCGAGAAAGAGGCGGCGAGUCGCGCGCGGCGGCUGGCCUUUGGGCGGGUGCCUCGCGAUGCUGCUGCCGCCGCCGCCGCCGCCCUCGUCGCUUCUGCCGGGAGGCGCCCCGGGCGCUGGAGCGCGAGCCAUGGCGGGGCCGGAGCUCCAGGACGAGGCCGGCCUCCGCGAGCAGCAGGACGAAGGCGGGGAGCGAGGCCGCGGCGGGGCCACGGCCGAGUGCGCCCGGGGCCGGGCGGCCGUGGCCAGCAGGGCGGUGUCCGAGGCGGAGGCCGCUGCGUCAGCUGCCCAAGGGGACCCCGACGGCGCCGGUCCCCGCUGGGGAGCCCAGCACGCCGGAGCCCGCGAGCUGGCCGAGCUCUACUCCCCCGGUGAGGCCGGCGUGAGCGGGGCGGGGGGGGGGGGAGAAGAAGGGGUUAUUUCUCUCGCCUCUGGGUUAAAACGUGGCGCGGGUGGGACUCCGGGUCUGACGCAGGUCAAGGGUUCUGUUCACACGUGACGCCCGGUAUCUGCCUUCGGCGCGCUCCUGGAACGUUUGAAGCCUUCCCCACGCACGCACCUCGCCCCUAGUGGAAAGCGUGGCCUGCUUCACACCUGCAAGGAACACCUCAUUUACUCUUCUACUCGGGAUUGUUGCGCACUUGAGGAAUGGCAGCCGGGUGUGUGUGAAGUGACUCUCCUGGAAAGGGAGUUCCUGGGAAUAUUCUGCUGCUAGAGAAGGCAAAUCGGCACCAUGCUCUAACCAACUUUUCUUUCUGCAAGUUGUGACUAGAUUUUAUUGCUUAGCUCAUUGGGUAGGUUAGUUGGUUGGAAAGAAUAAUAACUAUAAUCUGCCUAAUCAGUUAAUUAAUGUCUCUCAUAUAUAUAUUCUACCUGAUGACUCCUUGGCUCCCUUUAUUAGCUAAACAAAAGGAUUUAUCAAAUCAAUCCAACAAAUAUUGUUCUGGUUGGUCCUUUGACAUAUGCAGGUCCAUCCUAGAAGUGGCAAUACUUGUGGAUGUGAAGUGGAAGAGAAGGUUUUGAGGCCAGCUGGCAUGUGGGCAUGCAUACUUGAAAUUCAGAUUUAGUUGGCAGAAUAUUGUUAAUUAACUACUAUUUCUUUCAACUGAUGAUUUUUUCAAUGUAGUGAUUUUGUAGUAAAAGUAACUGGACUGUGAACUUGUCCUGUAAAGUCAACAAACACCCAUGAUACAAGUAUCCUUGCCAGCUAUGAUUAGCUGCAAAUCUCUGUUGAGUGACAAAUGUGUGGUUGUUGCCAUGUAAUGUGUGAGAUGACUUUGUAGAGGCAUAGAGGUAUGUUUCUUCUUUCUAGAGGUAUGUUGCAAAAGCUCACACUGGCAAACCCGACCAUUUUUUACAGUUGAAUAACUACUAUAAAGUAGCCAUGUCCUUAAUAUUCUCCACUGGGAGAUUAUUUCCCAGGAGAUUUGCUAAAAGCCUGAGGCUAUGUAUCUUAACAGAAGUGAUGUUGCAUGUGUUUAUUCAUAGUGGUUUUGGGUGGUUAGGGCAGGUAAUAUGUUUUGUGGCAAGUUUAGGCUACAAGGCUAAAAAACUAUUCUUAUCUAUUGUUUUACAGUGAGGACAGUGGUGUGAUCUUACAUAUUCACAUGUGCUUUAGUAUUCCCACUGCAUAUGAAUUUAAAGAAAAAUCUGCAUUUCAUCCUAAUAGUUAUGAUGAUUCGUUUUACGAAAUAGUGUGUUUGAAUAGUUGCCCAUUUCCUGUUUUCUUCUCCAAAAGUAGUGUUACAAAGGCCCCAUGGUCAUUUCAGGUUUUUUCCUGAAAUUAGUUACUAUGUUGGGAGUAUAUACUGUAUCAUAUGAAAGAGCUCUUUGAACCCUUUCUGCAGUCCUGUAAUGGGGGGAACCUGUGGCCCUCCAGAUUUUGGACUACAGUUCCCAUUAUCCUGGCAGUUAGACUUGCUGGUUGGGGCCGAUGGGAGUUUAAGUCUGUCUGGAGGGUGCCCCUUUCAGCUCUAGCAUUAGUUUACUAUUUUAGGUGGUGUGAGGGUAAGCAAGCAGGUAAUUCUUGUGUUUCCAUCUUUGGGUGUGGUGAACAGAAAAAUGGGCAUGCAAUAAAGUUUCUUUUUUAUAGUUUCUAAGUUCAGUUUCCCUACUGGGCAUCUGGCUGAAACCCUACUUAAAAUACAGUAAUUUACCCAGCCGUGAGGGCAGGCCCUGACUGGUUGGCCUUUCCCUUGAAACCCAGAGACUGAUUAUUUUGGGCAGACCAUUCUGUUGGCCCAGCCAGUGUGAUUCGAUCAGAUAUUUGUUAUCUCAGCCUCAUGGGUAGCUGCUACAUGGCUGAUAGAACAUUUUGAGCUGGGGUGGGCAGCCCUCAGCCCCAUUUUGUGAGAGGAGAAAGAUGUAGUGAAAUAGAUGUAGUGACAGAAACCCACUGCAAGUGAUUGGUUCAGGACUCUUGUCGAGAAUGAUCUGCCCUUUCCCCAGUUGCCAUCUGGGUGGAGAGGGUGAGAGAAAGGUGUCUGAAACAGAAAUGGGAGUGGCAGGGAGAGAGGGUUGGGUGGCCCUGCUCACUGCUGGUAUGCACCCCUAACAGAGGGCAUUAGGGUCAGAGGUGUUGCCAGAAAUCCAGUGCAUGGUAGUCAUUUGAAAUACUUUUUGUGACCCCAUCAUAAAUAUUGUUUCCUUUUUUAGUAAGUGCCAUAUGAUAAGUGCCGGCUGGCAGUUGGAACAGGAAUCUGGAGAAAAGUCAUAGACCUUCGCAGGAUUUCCUACUUCCCUUGCCCUUCAUAGAACACCAUUUAAGAAAUAAUAAGCAGCAAGCUUGGGGAACAUAAAAGAAAGAGCAAGGCUUACGGAUCCUGUAGUGCCAAACAUUUGUAUAUACUUGGGAAUCUUUCAGACAUCUCUAGGGCUGGUAUCUUUAAAACUCGCUGGUAACUUAGAUAUUCAUGGCAUUCAGAAACUUGGGCCCUCCUCCUUCAGUUCAGCACAAGACAUUUUGUCUUGGCCAGCCGAACACUGUGAGAAUCUAAGUCUCGCCUUCGUUCAGGAAACAGCACGUACUUCCUUCGGUAACUUUCCUGCCUCAUGUGACUAAGGCUUAUAAGUGUGCUUUUUAGGUCACUUUCUUGCUGUACUGAAAGACAAAACCCCACCCAUCCCAGGCUCCAGUGAAUGAAGCCUGCAGAUGCCAGCCCUUAGUGGAUGCAGUUGCAGUGCAAACUGAUCUCCUUGAUUUAAUUCUGUUUUGUCAGCCUGUCAUCUUGCCACUGCUGAUAGGAGCUGGCAUCUCUUCAGUGUAUAAGAAAGUUGUUUAAGGUAUUUUUUUUUUAACUGUUUGCAGUCUUAAUUGCAUUUGGAAAGGCUUAGGAUUCUGUGUUGGGCUUCUUGAGACAAAGCAUGCAAAUAAGCCUGGGAGUCACUAGUCCACCCCACUUAACCUGUCUGUGUUAUUCAUGGCACAUCAGUGUGCCACAGAAGAUCCAACUCCUAAAAUUUACAAAAGCUUCACUGUCUUAGUCACCAGCAGGUGACUUGGUACUCUGUUUGAGUGAGUGGCUAUUUACAAGUCUGCUUUAGAGCAAGCUCCUGUUCGUAGCAGAAACAACUGAUUAACCCCACAUUUAAGUCUCCUUCAUGGGCUAUUUCAAACAUUUUAAAAGAUGUUUGGGGAGUUUGAAAUCCAGUUGUCUGAGGACGUGUCUGGCUAUAUUGAUUUUGUUCCAGAAAUCUAGCACACGCAAGAGCUGGCAGUGUCCCUAUUUUGCAGUUGUUGUAGGAACAGCAAAUAUGUCUUGUUCAAGGUUACAGCACAAAUAGGAACCCUUUGUGUUCCUAAAGGAACACAGAACUUUUUAAGGUUUGGAAGAGGCUUAAAAUAGGAAUUGGCAGCUUAAAGGCUCUCCACUUUAAUCAGGUCCUCCGAGGGGGUACUCCCUGACCCACGUUUUGCCAACCCAGAGGAAAGACGUGUGUAUUAUGAAGGGGAUGGCAUCAGUGGUAAUAGGACUUACCAGUCCUUCAUGCCUUAACCCAUUCACAGAACAGACAUCUAAGAAAUCUAGUUACUGAACAAGCUUAAAGGGAAGCCGUUGGAAAAGCUUUUCUUAUGUUUCUAGAUCUGAAGCCCUGCACUUCCAUUGUUUCUAACUACCAUUGUUGCCUAAAAAAUAAAAUGUUGGACUUGUCUCAACGGAUUUUCGCUUCAGAUUUCUUCUUAGCCAUGUGUGACCCACCACACAUCCCAGUCUGAAUAUCUGAAACUGGAAGAGUAGCAACCUAUUAAAGUGCUUGGAUAUUAAAUACCGCACUACUCAUAAUGUCUAAAUGAAAAUAGGCAACUUGUGUGAGUAAUGCUGGAAAUAGGUUUCUAUUCAGAAUCUAAGCCUGCAAUUAUGAUUUAGUCCAUGUGCUUAUUAGGGUGCGGUGGAGGGAACUUGAGUCAGUUCAUUGUACUCUGGCAGUGGACUGUCUCGUUGAUACACAUUUGAUUUCCAGUGGCAUUUCUUUUCUUUUUAAGGUGAUUUCUGAAGAAGUUAAGAAAAGGCAGGUUCUUUGUUAUGUCUGAACAUGUGUGGCUUUAAAAGAGGACAAUGUAUCCUAUUUUUUUCUAGGAGUCUAAUGAUUGCUACCCAAGCUGUUGCCAAAAUUGAAUGCAGUACAAAAAGUUCACUGAAUGUAAAUCUGUGGAUCACUGGUGCUCACAAGAGGAUGGUGCAGAAAGUAACCUAAAUUGAGAAAAGAAACCAGAGUUUUUAAAGUUUGAUGCAAGCCAAACUGGGUUAAUUCUGUUGGUAGAGCAUGGACUCUUAAUCUCAGGGUUGUGGGUUUGAGCCCCACAUUGGGCAAAAGAUUCCUGCAUUGCAGAGGGUUGGACUAGAUGAUCUUUGUGGUCCCGUUCCAGCUCUCCAGUUCUAUGAUUCUAUGAAACAGGAAGCUUACAUGCUCCAAGAGGGUGACUUAACUUAUUCCAGGAGCCAUGAUCACAAGCAUGGCUUUGUAGGGGCUGUAAACCACAUGUAAAGUGGACUGUAUGGACAUUAUCUCUCUCAUAACAAUUAAGCUAGAUCUAUAUGUGCUGUGGCACUGAGCAUUCCACUCCUGCUUCACUCCACUGACAGUUGCUUUGAAAGAAAAAUAACUGGGUACAGUGACACUGAAUUACAUCUGUUUUAAAUGUCACUGGGAUUAUGUAGGUUGGCAGCAGACAUGAUUCCGUGUUUCCUUUGUGCAACUUGCAGUUUUACUGUGAGUAGAUCAUUCACUUUGCUCUGACUUCUAUGUGGCUAUGCACCAGUGUAAAUGACAGCAUGGAGAACUUCAGUACAUGUAUUAGACCAUGGCAUUUGGAUUUAAUAGACAUUUCUUCUUCGCUACUCUGGGUCUCUUCCACACUUUCUUAGCAACAUAGAUUUUCAUGCUUGGUUUUUAAUUUGCAGGUGAUUUCAAAAUGCUCUUAGUGCACCCGCCUGUUCAGAAACUUUGGGUCGUAUAAGUUGUUCCUACAUCUCUGGUGAAAGGCACAUGUCAGUUUCAGCAAUUUUCCCUCUCCCUACAUCCCCCUAAAAUUUGUUCUAUAGGUUUCAAGGACACUUGAAGGUUUGGGAGGGUGUGUGUGUGUGUGUGGAUAGGGUCAUUGGAAAUUUGCUUCUCUCCACAUUCUGCUGAGAGAUGCCUUCCAUCAGAAAAGGGAGACCAGGAUACCACCCAUUAUGGAUGUGGACUGACAGUUCAUUUGCAGUUACACCGUUACAGUAACAGGUAAAAUAACUUCUAAAUUUCACAUGAUGGAAAAUUUUCUAUCGCUGUUGCAGGAUAAUUGCAGGUUCUUUUGGCACAUUGCCAGCAGACUUUUCCCUUCGCUCAACCUAAAUCAUUCAAGUGAAUAAAAUGUAUUGCAGCAUUUAGUAGCUGUGACCAUUUUUGCUGCUUUCAACAGAAAAACCCUAAACUGCUUUUGGGCUAAAACACCUUAGCAGGCAGGUUUAAAUAUAAGUAAGAGUGUGCACUAUAUGUGGAUUGUGGAUUUUCAGCUCUCCAGUUUCCUGUGCUAUUUAGCACUUGUCAGCUGGCCUAUGCCAGCUGAACAGUUUACCUGUUUGCUGCUGAGGUUGAAACAGUGAGCAGCUUGUCAACACUUCAAAUCUGCCUGUUCCAGUAUCUGAAUGUUUAUUGUCAUCACAAUUUUUAAAAUCUCUAUUUUGUAUUUAUUAAAUUUGUUCAGAGAGGAUGCUGUAAUACUCUUGCUUUAGAAUGUGUUCUGUGUUAGAUGAACGUGGCUAUUUGUGGGAAGUGUUUCAGUCCUCAAAGCAGGCACCUUAUUACUUCCACUGUCUCUUGUGUGUGAAAAUUGGUGAGCAAUUUAAGCCCUGUACUUUAAGGGAAUCUGCUAAUCUUGAUGGAUGCAAUGUGUGUUCACCAGACUUGCACACUGUAUGACCCGCCAAGCCGCCAUGAAUUGUGGUUUGCCAGGUGCUUGACAAGACUUUUCUCAGGCAGUUGGCAAAAAAAGGGAGUUUCUCAAGCUGCUGGUGGACUUUAGUUAACUUUGUGGACCCAAAAGCCUGGCAUAAAUCAUGAACGCACUAAAUGGAUUAAAUUCGUUUGCACAGUUAAAAAGUCCUGAAGCUCCCCUUCAGGAGUCACAAAGCUGGCCGCUGUACAAAUACAAAUGAUAAUCAUUGUUAUUAAGGCUUGCUACCUGCCCUUCACUCUAAAUUCCCAGGAUGGGUUACAGUGGCUCAAAUAACAGAAUUUAAAACCACAUAGAACCCAAUCACAAUUACAACAACAGUCAUACAUUUAUUAGCAAUUUCCAGGUAAAUCACCAAAAUACAGCUGUCAAAGGCCAGGGUGUGUCUUCAGCAUGUAACAAAAGGCAAAUAAUUAUGCUGGAUGCACCUCUAUAAGGGAGGGACUUGCAGUUUUCAGGCUGCCACAGAGAAAGCUGUCUCUUGGGCCACCAGUUCUUGAAACCUUUACAGUGUGUUGGUGUAGAUGGUGAUUCACUUUAAAAUUCGUUGCUGCAAUCUAAGUGGCAUUUUGCUAUUUGUCACUGAAGGCUCCACAGUGCUAUCAACACGUGCUGUCUACCUUAAUCUAGGCACUUUACAGUUAAGUUCAUUUUUGGCCAUACUGUAUGGACAGAUUUGGAUUCCACAUGGAUACAUGCAUAUGGGGUGACUUCUCGGUCCACUAAUUCUGCAGAAUCCUCAGCUUUGACUUGAAAUGGCAGGGUUGUCUUCACAAGCAGCUUGCACAUGGUUCCCUUGGGAGAUGCAUGAAAGCACCAUGAAGUUUUCCACAUAUUAAUUGUUCCUUGUGGAUUUGGGCAUUUAGCUCUUCUAUUUAGGGUGCAGUUGCUCCUCUGCAGAAUGUGGGUAUUAAUUAACUUGGAUGCCAUAGAGGCUGACUUAGAAUAAUACUCAUGUUGUGAUCAUACCCAUGUCUGAAAACAUGCUGUCGGUUUUGUAUUCUGUCUUGUUCUACCUGUGACAUCUAUGGUUUGUGCAAACUGCACUGGCUUCAUGCAGUUUCUCUUUUAUCACCUGAAGCAGGCAUAGGCAAACUCUGCCCUCCAGAUGUUUUGGGACUACAACUCCCAUCAUCCCUAGCUAACAGAACCAGUGGUCAGGGAUGAUGAGAGUUGUAGUCCCAAAACAUCUAGAGGGCUGAGUUUGCCUAUGCCUGACCUAAAGCUACAUUUCUGGGUUUGCUUGUUUCAUUUGAGACAGGGCCAAUCUUUGUGUGGGUGUGGGCAUGCUAUGCAUACUUCACUUAGGUACAUUUCAUCCUUCCCUGGUUCAUGCGUUUGCUUUGCAUAGUGGAGGAGGGAGCUUAUCCUCACCAUCAUGCAGAGAGAGGGCAUUGUAAACUGUGUGCUGUAUGCAAAUUUAUGUUCAUUCAUGCAGUUAUCUUUCCUUAUAGGUGGACCUUGGUAUGCCUGAGCACUGGUACGGAUCACCCAGUUAAUGCUAGAUGUCUGAUAAUAGAAACAUGCCAGUUCCAUACCACAAUUCAGUGUGUAGAUGAUGAACUGCAGUUAAUUUUUCAAUGGGAGUGGAAGCUUCUGAUCUUAUCUUUGUGGCCAUGCUGGUUGGAGAGCAUUUUAGCUUGGAGGGAGGGCUAGGCUUGUUCUUGUAAUGCUAAGCCACAGUUAGCGUUGAGUCCACGUGCAGCCUCUAAAUCGUGGGCUGUAAUGGUUGCAUUUCAAAUGAUCUAGAUAACCUUUUAGUUUCAUUCAGAUGACCUCUCACCCUACAGAAUGUAAUAGAUUUGCUUCUCAAACUUAUAGUAAGCCAACAGAGACAUCAGAGAAUCAUUUCUUGUGUUUGGGGGGGGGGGGGAAUAAUGCAAGAUUGUCAAAGAGUCGUGUCCAGAGUAUGCCAGGCACUCCCGUCUUCCAUUGCCUCCCGCAGUUUGGUCAAACUCAUGUUCGUAGCUUCAAGAACACUGUCCAACCAUCUCAUCCUCUGCCGUCCCCUUCUCCUUGUGCCCUCCAUCUUUCCCAACAUCAGGGUCUUUCCCAGGGAGUCUUCUCUUCAAUUUGGCACAUUAAAGAGCAUGAGUCUCUUAAUCUCAGGGGUGUGGGUUUGAGCCCCACAUUGGGCAAAAGAUUCCUGCAUUUCAGGGGGUUGGACCACAUGACCCUCGUGGUCCCUUCCAAAUCUACAGUUCUAUGAUUUCAUGUGUGUGUCUGAUGAGAUGCAGUAUUUACUUGUACAAGAAAUAUUGGGUGGGAUUCACCUAACGUGUCUUGUCGGCAGAAGCCCUGUGCAAGGACUUCUACUUGCACAAUGGGGCUCUCGUCCCUUGCCUCUCCCUGUGCCCUCCAAGAAUUGGUUCAGGGGCUGGGGGAGGAGUCAGAAGAGCUACUAGAACAGUGGAGGUGGGGGAAGAGAGGGGGCAUCAUUCUGUCUGGCAACCUGCAAUUAUUGGGUAGAUGUAACAUUUGUAAUAGCACAAUGUUGAAUUGCACCCAUUAAUUUCUAAGCAAUACACUUGCAGCACUGCCCUGUCCUAUAUGUAAGGGUAAUGCCACCCUUGGGCAGAGCCGUAGCUAUGGGGUAGGGGGGCUUGCUGGGUUUUUUUUGCCCCAGGUGAAGCCUCCAGAGGGGCACCAUUGAGGCUACCAGCCUGUGUGUGUGUGUGUGUGUGUGUGUGCGCACAUGUGCAUGGGGUGUGCAUGCCAAACUGGGUCUUUGACCCAGGCGAAAUAAAGCCUGGUUUUGCCCCUGCCUUGGAAUAAUCUAGUGGCAUUAAUUUGUGCAAUCUCUUUGCAAUUUUCACAAGUGUGCAAAAGCUGAUCGCAGCUGAGGAGCCCAAUUCAGCAAUGCAAAAUAAUGGAGAGAGUAUGCUGCGAAAAGAAUGUUGCUUAUACCAUUUGGCUCCUGGUAGUAGCCUAUAGCGGAUAAAUUUGCUAUUUUGCUACUGCCAAUAGCUUCCUCUUACUGCUCAUAGACUACGAUGAACCAGUGUUAGAAACUGAGAUAUGAAAACUAGGAGCUAAAUGGCACCUUAAACCUAGGCUGUGGGCACAACAACAGAAUGUCUAGGCACAUUUUUUUAUAACAACAAUACAAAGCUGAAAAUGAAGGAGCUGUAGAUAAAAUUUUACGUUCAUUUUUCACAUGGUCUGUUCCUUCCCCUGCCCACCCCACCCCCAUAAUAUUCUUAAGAGGGUCUCUGCUCCAGUCUUCAAGGAGUAGCUGGAAGUGCAGAGGCAGAAAAAGGUCUUCCUUCCACUCUGCAGUUUUAAUCUGAAAUCGUAGGCACAGUACUGCGCCCAGAGCUGAGAAAUUGCUUGAACUCCCCUGCCGCAAAAUGUGCCUAGAACAAUGGGAGUUUCGAACACUGCUAGGAACUUGCCCAUCCACCUGUCACUUCUUGUGCUAGGCCAUUGUGGGAAAUGGGAUGCUGGACCAGAUAGACCAGGGGUCUGCAACCCGCGGCUCCGGAGCCGCAUGUGGCUCAUUUACACCUUUGCCGCGGCUCCGGGGCAGAUACUAGUGAGGGGAGGAGGCGCAUUGUGCGCCCCGACACUCCCCACUGUGGCGGGCGCUGUACUGGCUGUGACGUCGCAUGGGGGCGGUGCAUGCGUUAGACAUGCACCGUCCCGACGUCACCUUCCCGCCCGCCCGCUACAUUGUAAGGGGCAUGUACGCUGGCCACUGUUUUGAAGGGGAGUGAAGAACACACACACACACAAAAAGGUAACUUGUUAAUUUAACGUUUAUUUCUAUGAGGAGGAGUAAUUCUGAGGGGUCAAACAAAGAAAUAAUUUUAAAAAGUGACAAAAAAGUUAUUUUUAUAAUGACGAGUUUUGCGGCUCACAGUUUUUUUUCCUUCGGAAACGGGUCCAAGUGGCUCUUUUUGUCUUAAAGGUUGCAGACCCCUGAGAUAGACCUUUGAACUGAUCCAGCAGUGUUUUUCUUACGUUCACUAUUCUAGAAUUAAAAAAAUAAGCUGUGUGUGUGUGUUCACUGUUCAAUCUACCUGUUAAAUUAAAAAAAUGCUGUUUUUUGUUGUUAAACAGGGAAGAGACUGCAGGAAUGGAUUAGUGUCAUCCUAUGUUUUUCUCUGAUGUCUUUCAACUUCUACCAUCUUCUCUUCUGCUUGAGACUGGAACAUGCCUUCUCAAUUAUUUUUGGGAUAUGUAAGUACAAACUGAUUAUAUAAUACAGUAGGCGAAUUGCAGAAGUGCACAGUGGAAACAAGGAUGCCAUCAUAAAUGCUUAUAGCUUAAUCCUUAGCACCCUAAUUAAGGGAAGCAUGUUAUUAUCUGCAGCAUCUAUUCCAUUCAGGUGUGCUGUAGAAUAGGUGAGGGCUUAAACUGAGUAGAGCAACGCACACAAGCCGAUGCCUGUUGCCUUCACUUAUGAUCCUCACACACUGAACACAAAGUCUGAAGUAGGAUUCGAAGUGUGUUCAGCUGAGCAUGCUUAGAAUAUUCCCUGUGACUGAGAACCUUGAUAAUGCAAUGUUCCCAUUCACACGGAGGUUUUUAAGCUUGUUCAGUUGGGUAAAUAUAGAAUUUUCAUCAGAAUUUCAUGCCAAGUGAGCAGAGGCUCGAAGUUUCUUCCUGUGGGGAUGGGGAUGUUGGGGACAAGGAUAAUAUGUGUGAUCCUGCCUCCUCUCUAUACUCAUAAAUCUUGGGCUCUUGAAGGUGGCUUAUAAGUUGAGAGCAAUAAGAUUUGGUGUGGUGGAUUUGGCAAAGUAAAAUCUGCAAAAGAAUUGGUUUUUGUAAACAUCUUCAAGUUUAGUACCCAUAUCCUUUGAGCCGUCUGGUAGAAGUGCUACCAGUCGGAUGCCGUGAGGGCAUAUAUUUUCGUUGUAUUACCAAACUGCAUUUGGCGUCUCAGAAAUGAGAAACCAAGUAGUCACCUGGUAUAUAGCUGAGCUUCCUGCUUCCUGCAUUUUUGCACUUGUUGCUCCUGCUUGCACAAGUCAGCUUGGCAAAUAGGAGCUGUGUAAUACGCAGCCUACCUUCGGGUUAACUGAGAAAUCCGAAACAGAAAAUGUUCCCUUAGCCAUAUUAAUGCCACUUCAGUCAUUUGGAAUGCUGGUUUCAUUGGAACCUUCCAUUGUGAGAGUGGCUGCUGUGUGCUGACCCCAGCAAAAGAGGAUUCAAGGUGACUUCACUGACUUCUGUUGAAGAUGCUGUGUUGGUUGGGCUAGCAACAUUUAAAGUUCUGCCCUGACUUGUGCUGUCCAAUAACUUACUACCAUACCAGCACCUGGCCCAAGAAACCCUGAGGUUUGGCUAGCCCUUCCCGGGACCGAGCAUAGGCCCUGCCCUGUGGAAUGUGUUGCCUAUAAGCAGUUCAGCAGGAGCCACUAUUACUUGCUUUUAGAUGUCUUCUAAGAGCUAGGGAUGCGGGUGACGCUGUGGGUUAAACCACGGAGCCUAGGGCUUGCAGAUCAGAAGGUCGGCGGUUCGAAUCCCCGUGACGGGGUGAGCUCCCGUUGCUGGGUCCCUGCUCCUGCCAACCUAGCAGUUCGAAAGCACGUCAAAGUGCAAGUAGAUAAAUAGGUGCCACUCCAGCAGGAAGGUAAACGGCGUUUCCGUGCACUCCUCUGGUUCGUGCUGCUGGCCACAUGACCCGGAAGCUGUAUGCCGGCUCCCUCGGCCAGUAAAGCGAGAUGAGCGCCGCAACCCCAGAGUCGGCCAUGACUGGACCUAAUGGUCGGUGUCCCUUUACCUUUACCUUUAAGAGCUAAUACUCAGACAGGUCUUUCAAACCUGAGAUGCUUUGCCAACUAGCUUUACUGAUGUGUUUGACGUGUUUACAGCUGUUUUUAUUGUAAUACUGUGCUGUUAGGUUGUAUACUGCCUUGUGAUAUUUUACAUGAAAGUGUGGUUUAUAAAUUCUUAAAUGAAUACAAAGAUAUCAUUCUGACACCUGAUACAUUUGCAAUAACUUUAUUUGACUGGCUCCUCGGCACUUGAGUGUAAAUUGUCAAUAUUUCCUGUUCAGGGAAAUGGCUAAUGAGUGGUACUUAAGGGCUCCUGUGUAGAGAGAUUGAACUGUGGUUCUUAGAAGUUCUGUAUUGGAGCUCUGCGUUGCGGGCCAGACAGUUCUUCCACCUUGGCUUAGUUUGGAAUAUCAGGGAUGUAUACUUUGGUGUUGUCAUUCAUAAAAUGUAUUUGUUGACUUUCAGAGAAAUAUUGCUGCAAUUAAUGCUGCGUAUGGUGGUGUGCUUUAUGAGAGUGCUUGUGUGAAAGCCAUUCAUCUUAAUACAGGUCACCCAGCAGCAGCAUUUUGUGGCUUGUUCUCUCUGGCUUUGGGAUCUGGUUCUGGUUUGGGAUUCUGUUAACAUCCUGUGUCUAAAUGUAAAUAGCAGCUGUGUGGGAAACUGGAGCAGCCUCAAAUGUGGGGAAGCUUCACAAAAACAACCUCUCUGGAGCUGCUACUUGCAUCUCAAGGGACGCUUUCACAGAGCAGCUUCAGAGAGUUAAAUUUGGCAGGGACUAUGACAGAGAGAAACUUCUGUUCCACCCACCCACCAUCUAGAGGCUGCUUAAAUUUCCUUGCAGCUGCUAUUGCAUUUUUUAAAAAAAUGUAUUUAUUGCCUUCACAUAUAAAUUGUUCUUUUUUGCAUUUUAUUACAAUUAAACCCAAUCAUUCGCAGUUUUCCCUUCUGGUCAUUGUACAUAUCUGCUGAAGAUAAUUUUUUAAAAUUCUAAUUCAUUGGAUUUCUUGCCUGUCCAGGACGGGUUACAAUAAUAAAACAGACAAUUAUAAAACAAAUAAAAUGAUUGCAUAAAACAAGAAACUGCUAUGACUUUAUGCAGCUGAUGAAGUGGCCACUGGUCGAUGAAAACUCGAGUGAUAAUAAAUUCGUUUUGCUGAAAUAUAUUAAGCAAGGAUGGUGUUAAAUGAAGUUAUACUGAGAGUAGAUUCAUAAAAAUUACCGUAUUUGCGCGAAUCUAAUGCACCAUUGAAUCCAAUGUGCACCUCAAUUCCAGGGGUGUCCAAACUUUUUUCAAAGAGGGCCAGAUUUGAUGAAGUGAACCUUUUCUUUUUUGGGGGGGGGAUUGAAGUUGUUGAGCUUUUUAUUGGAUUUUACCCCAGGAAAUAAACUGCCACAGGGGCAGGGGGGUUGAUUAAACCAACUGGCGGACCAGAUUAGGCCCCCGAUACGGACUUUGGACAUGCAUGCCUUAAAACCAUUUGCUGGCUCCAUCAAAUCUAAUACACACCCUAAUUUUUGCGACACGAUUUGGCCCCAAAAGGUGUGCAUUACAUUUGUGUAAAUGCGGUAAUAAACACGACUAAGAUAGGCCCACUAAUUUCAGUGAGUCUUCUCUGAGUAAAACUUCCUUCAAUAUCAUCCUUGGUUUCAGCAAUGCCACUCAUGGCUGUUCUUGAGUGGACGGGUUCUUAUAGCUUGUUUGGGGAUGAAUAUGUAUCAAUGCAUUCAAUGGGCAUUGAGCUGCUGAGCAAGUGCCACCACCACCUUCUCUUUCUUUUCAGAGGAAUUCUUUUUUUUAAAAUAAACCAAAACUUGGCUCAGUCUUGCUUGUAGAAAUAUAUAUGGAAGAUUCACCUGCUUUUAGUUCUCAUUCAUGUUAUUUGAUAGCAGGUACUUCUCACAUCUACGGUGAUAAGAUCCCUAAUCUGUUGUCAGUUCAGCUACUAAUUGAUAAGGUUGACAACUUAACUGAUAAUAUUAUUUAGAUAGUAGUAAAUUAUUAAAAUAGUGGAAUUGUGAUUCAGUGUAAGCAGAGCUUCCUGGCAGCCACUGGCACUCCCUUUUUUUUUUAAAUGUUAUCUGUGGUCUAGAUCCAAAGAAGCAGCCAGUUGCUUACACUUGAGGAAUUCCUCCAAUGUCAUGUGACAAGCUGAAUUUCUAUUUGCCAGGAGCUCUUAAACAGGGCUACUAAACAGUAUAGCUGUGUGUUCUGUAGGCUUACAUUCAUUUACUCAGAGGGCGCUCCAUAAACUGUUGAGCAAAUUAAAACUGUGGCAUUACGAGGUUAGUAAUUGUUCAGGACUUUAGGCACCCGUUGUUAACUUAAACAGCAAUAAAGGGGUUGCUGCUGCUGUUAUACUGUGAUGUUGAUGGAAACCCAAGAAUACUGGAUUCUUGCAUAAAUCAAACAUAGGCGUCCUGACUUGUAGGUUCUAGUCCUUAGGACUUGUUCAUUCCCUUUCUAGCAACUGAUAUCUAACCUGCACAUCUCAAAACCUCUUCCAUUGAGUAGCUGUGAUAUUGCCACAGAGCUUUGUUGUCUUGCAUUAACGAGCUGCAGAGAACUAGAUGUGGAAUUCUAGCCUGGAGCAGAGAGGCUCGUUGAGAAGAUUGUGUGCAAGAGCAACCUAAUGUUUCUUCCAAUUCUUAUUUUGGUAUCAAAUGGGAAGCGUUUUUAAUGCCUGUUGUUUUAAGCCCUGUGGCUUUGACUGGAAAAGAGGAACUUAGUGCAAAUGUGUGCACACUAGAUUACACUUAAGUCUUAAGAUCUAAGGUACUGUAUGUACCUUAGCAAGGCAGCUACCCUUCCCCCCUUAGCAAAGUUCAAGAACUGGACCCUUGAUCUGUGGGUUGCUUUGCAAUAACAUGCCGGCAAUUUUCCAACAAGGCUGAAUAUGAUGGGGGUGAAAUUUCAUGCACUUUAAACUGACAUUUGUCCUAAUGUCAGAAAUGAAUUUACAGGAGGAUAAUAAGCAAGCUGUUCGCUUUUUAAUGAAACAUGAUUUAGAUUUUGAAACAGAUGCUUCACAGUGGUGUUGCUCCUAUCACAGUUUUGCAGGGGUAGAGCUGUCUUGCUCCUCGGAUAAGCUCAGGCACUAGGAAUCCUAAUGUGUACAGGUAUGAGAAUGCAAGUACUGUAUUCGAGUCUCCCCAUUUCACUACACUUUGUAUCUGGAUGAGAUGUGGGCGCUGAGAGGCUGUGAACCUGCUCCUCCUUUCUCUUUUAAAAAAGCAGAUAGUUUCUUGUCUGUAUUUUGCAGUGCUCAUUGGCUAGAGAAACACUUCAGAUUCUAGAGCGAUUUCACCAAGCUGGCAACCUCCAGAUAUUUUGAACUAGAACUCCCAUCAGCCCCAAUUAGCAGAAAUGAGUGAUUAACUGCAGUUGUUUAUUUAUUUUGUAAAAUUUAUAUACCGCUUGAUUGUAAAGAAAACCUCUUAAGCAGUUUCCGAAAAGAAACCGGGAACUGUAGUUCAAAACACCCGGUUGGUGUCAGGUUUAAAAUAUAAAACAAAGCCAGUAAUUUAAAAGCACAUACAGUACACUUGGCUAAAAUCACGUGUCAGAAUUGCAGUCCCGAAACAUCUGCAGGGCACCAGGUGGGCUAACGUUGCCCUAAAACAUACAAUAAAACUGUAACAUUAACAAUAUUAAGAGGCAGAAGCUAAAAGCAUAACACCAACCUAUGUCAUUAUGGAACUUAAGGUGUCUGGGGAAACUGGUAAUGUAGGCGCCACAUGUUGGGUUUUCUGUAACCAGGCAUCACCACCACCGAAAUAGCUGCCUUUAUGUUGCGUAGUGUGCUUCUGAUGAGAAGGCACUUGGAGAUCUGCUGAAGCUCUUCUCCAAAGACAGGCAGGCUGGUACUCAAGUGGUUCUGUCAAUUUGAAAAUGCUUUCUUGGGAACUUCAGUGCCAAGCAAUGGAUGAUGUCAAGUGGUGCGAGUUUCAACUACUUUGAAACACCUGACCCUUGGGCAUCUCCCCUCUUCUCAAGCAAGAUGUCUUUUGAAUUGUUUAAUCAAGCAUUUUAGAAGAGGACGUAUUCCACUCAAUAUAGCUACCUGGUUUUACCUUUGGUUGAAGCGAAAUGGUUGGUUUCAUUCUGUCCCCCCCUCCCCCCUUGUGCAUUUGAUGAAGCAGCUUCCUAGCCCAAAAAAGCCUUUGUCACAAUAUCAUCAUUGAUUUUUAAUGAAUGUGCCUCAAGACUAUUUCAUUGCUUAACACAGCUGCCUCUGCAAUAUAACUCUGGACCAAUACUCUAGGACAGGGGUAGGCAACCUAAGGCCCGGGGGCUGGAUGCGGCCCAAUCGCCUUCGCAAUCCGGCCCACAGACGGUCCGGGAAUCAGCGUGUUUUUACAUGAGUAGAAUGUGUCCUUUUAUUUAAAAUGCAUCUCGGGGUUAUUUGUGGGGCAUAGGAAUUUGUUCAUAAUAAUAAUAAUAAUAAUAAUAAUAAUAAUAAUAAUAAUAAUAAUUUUUUUAAUUUAUAUCCAGCCCUCCCCAGCCGAAGCUGGGCUCAGGGCGGCUAACAAUAAUAAAAGAAUACAACAUUCUAAAAUCAUUUUAUUAUAAAAUUAAUUCAAAUCAAAUUCAUGGCAACCAUUGGGCUAGAGUUCUGUGAGGAUUGCCAAAGGAGGGGGUCAGGCUGUGCCCUGGCCAAAGGCCUGGUGGAACAGCUCUGUCUUGCAGGCCCUGCAGAAAGAUGUCAAGUCCCGCAGGGCCUUAGUCUCUUGUGACAGAACGUUCCACCAGAUCGGAGCCACAGCCGAAAAAGCCCUGGCUCUGGUUGAUAUAUUCCCCCAAAAUAUAGUCCAGCCCCCCACAAGGUCUGAGGGACAGUGGACUGGCCCACGGCUGGAAAAGGUUGCUGCCCCCUGCUCUUGGAAUAUGUCUCCUGUAUUUGGCUCCUAUAACAGAAAAACCAAAAGGAGCAGUUGCUUGAGAAGGCUGUGGCACUCUGAUACUGUUAUCAUGGUUCCUUUGGUAGGAAAACAAAUUCUCAUGAGUCCUGUUAUCACUAUUUUUGAAGAAUAGAACCUGUUACUCUGUACUAGAUGCAUUUCUCCAUUCCUGUACCUUUUUCAGCCCUAGUCCUUUCUGACAUUUCCUUGAUAUUUCAAACAAAAAGCACUGGGUGCUCACAUGUAUCCUUUUCGGAUCUGAUACUUGAGUAUUACUUGCGUUCCUACACUUGGAAGUUUGCGUUCCUACACUUGCAUUGCAACUUGGCUUGCCUUUUUAACGUUGUCCCCUGUGCUCCUUGAACAAGAUGGUGAGGGUUUAUUUGUUUAUUUUUGUCAGCAGAUACACUGGAAUAAUAAAAAACAACAACCAGGGGUGGUAUCCAACAAAUUAGUUCUGUUAAUGCAAGAAUUACCAUAUGCACAACAAAACUUCUUCACCCUUCUUUGUGUACUAUCCCCAAAUCUGUUCCAGAGGGUUGGCAGAACCCUCCGAAUUAGGUGGAUGUGACGUGGGAGGAGGGGCAAGUUCUGUUGCUCAGCAGGAAAUCCUUGCGCCAACAGAAUAAUAAUAAUAAAUAAUAUUUAUAUCCGCCCAUCUGGCUGGGUUUCCCCAGCCACUCUGGGUGGCUUACAACCUAUCUAAAAACCUAAUAAGAACAUCAAUCCUUAAUAACUUCCCUAAACAAUUUGGUUUAAGUGUAAACAAUGAAAUACUCCCUUUCUGGAAUAUAGAAAGGGAUCCCUGAGGAUCAUCUAUUCUACCCACUAUGAUGCAGGAAUAUGCAGCUGUCCCAUAUGAGGAUUGUUUACAUUGUUGCUGUUGGCCAUUUCCUGUAGGCUUCCAUGCUUUGAGUUCUAUCUAACAAGAUGGUUCUAUUUUUAUUUAAUUUAUUUGCAUUAUUCAUAUCCUACUCUUCUUGUUCCUGUAAUCUCAGACUAAUAAUCAAUAUUAAACUUCCAAUUCUACAAUUCUAUUAAAACAGUAUUUCUUUUGCAUAAAAAGGUAAAGGGACCCCUGACCAUUAGGUCCAGUCGUGACCGACUCUGGGGUUGUGGCGCUCAUCUCGCUUUAUUGGCCGACGGAGCCGGCGUACAGCUUCUGGGUCAUGUGGCCAGCAUGACUAAGCCGCUUCUGGCAAACCAGAGCAGCACACGGAAACGCCGUUUACCUUCCCGCCGGAGCGGUACCUAUUUAUCUACUUGCACUUUGACGUGCUUUCGAACUGCUAGGUUGGCAGGAGCAGGGACCAAGCAACUCACGCCGUCGCAGGAGCUCACGCCGUCGCAGGAGUUCGAACCACCGACCUUCUGAUCGGCAAGUCCUAGGCUCUGUGGUUUAACCCACAGCGCCACCUGCAUCUUUUGCAUACAACAAUAUUAAAAGACAAUCUGCUAACGACACUAGCAGCCAAGCAAGGGACAUCGCUUGAGUCAAAUGCUGAGAUAAAUAGCCAUGUUUUUGCCUGGUGUUGAAAGUGAGGUGUUGCUUUUUGCCUACCCAUGGCCCACGGCAUGAAAAUUUAGGGCAGUUUUCCCCAACCUGAUGCCCUCCAGAUGUUUCGGAUUGCAAGGCAGCAAAGCUAUGCUGGCAGGGGCUGGUGGAAGUUGUAGCCCAGAACAUUUGGAGAGCCCUAGGUUGCGGGAGGCUAGAUUUAGGGUGUUUGAGCAGUCAUAAGGCCUUUGAGAGGAGAGCCUCUAAUGGCAACAGUUUGAAUGCAGACAGUCCUUCCAGCUGUACAUCACAGCCUGGCCAGAAACCAGUAGCAGGAAGGAGAAGUUAGCAAUUGCAUCAUCCUGGAAAUGGACAGCAACUAAAAUUAAAGCCGUGCUGAAACUAGUUUUGGAGAGGAGUGGACAGUGAUAAUCAGGGAAGGGAGGGGGAGAGUAUUUGUUGUGUUAGGACUGGUAGGAUUGCAACAGCAGUUGGAAGGGAGUGAAGUCAUGUGUGCACAGGCAUAAGGGGAGAAUGACACACUGACUCUGGGGAACGGAAAGCACUUGUUGGAUACACAUGUGGGCAUGGUGUACUUCAGAAGAGGCCCUGGAUUUUCCACGGGGCUGUGCCAGUCCUGUUAAUUUUGCUCAUGAGGUGACAUUGGGAAGUUCAACUCUGAAUACUCCAUUGUUUGUAGGCAACAGUGAAUCUAUUACUGAGCUUGAAGGCAGAGCAUGGACGCGUUGACAAAGAAUAUUCUGUCUCAUUAUAAAAAGACUUUUUCAUUCACAAAAGGCAGAAUGAAUUCUGUGGAGGUCUCAGUAGGAACUUUCAGUUCCAAAUGUGGAAGCAGGGGUCCACAAAUGCCCACAACAUAGGAAGUUGCCUUGGGCAGAGUGAGGCCAGUGGUCCAUCCAACCCAGUGUUGCUUACACUGAUUGGCAGUGACUCUCAGGGUUUCAAGACAGGAAACCUUCCCAGUCCUGCCUGGAGAUUCCAGGGAUUGAACUCAGGACCUUCUGCAUGCAAAGCAGAUGCUCUUCCACUGAGCUGUGGCCAGUUCCCUAGGCCAGCUUGACAUACCAGCAAGCUUAUAUUUCUCCUUGCUCCCAAUUUAUUAAGCCCUCUAGCAACCAGAGAGGACUGGAGGGGAGGCAGCCUUGCCUCCCUUGUGCAGACACUCUGAUAUGAGAAGAAUCAGCAGAACAAAUUCCUGCUGUUUCUCAUUUGGACUAAAGCAUACCUGAGAACCUGUUUGCGGUUCAUUGGGAGCAGUGUUAGAAAUAAAACAGGCGCCAGGCACAUUUUGCAACUGGCUCGGGUCCAACUGAGACGACAUAAGAGAUUUCUGGAUGCCAGGUUGGCAACUGGGGAAAGCAAAAUGUCACUUAGAGAGGGAUCUGAUAUAUAUCUGAGUUUUUAACACUGCUUAGGAGUCUUCCUCACUAGUGGUAAAGGAUCACUUCUAUUAGGUCAAAUGAAAUGGCAAUUUCUAAGUAAAAAUAUGGCAAAAAAGAUUGCGGAUUGGGAAGGUUUGAUGCAUGAAGAAGUAAAGGUAGAAAAUAAUACAGUGGUACCUUGGGUUACAAACACUUCGGGUUACGUGUUUUUAGGUUGUGGACCGCGGGAAACCCGGAAGUACCGGAAAGGGUUACUUCUGGGUUUUGACACUCGCACAGAAGCACUAAAUCGCACUAUGUACAGAAGCGCCAAAUUGCGUCACGCACGUGUGCAGAUGCGGCGCUGCAGGUUACGAACGCUGUGGGUUGUGGACGUGCCUCCAUCACGGAUUACGUCCGCAACCUGAGGUUCCACUGUAUGUAGCCUUGUGGCUUUGUUACCAGAUCUCUUCCUAGACAGAAUCUGCUAGCAAACUUAUGAAGCUAACACUAAAGUAGGGCCAACGCUUUGUCAAAUUUAAAACAUGCAUUUCUGGAGAGCAGCAUUGGACUCAAGAGUCUGCUCUUUCCCAGAAUCUUUGCACCAUAUCAUGCCAGACCAUGACUGUGAGACUGUCUUCCUCCACAGCAAAUCUGAUGGAAAUAUGCGUCUUCUGGGAAGUUAUGGCUUCUUGUCACUGUGGUGACAGCUUGUGUGUUGGCUUCUGUAAGCCUCAUUCCAUCCCCAGCCAUGCCUCCCUCACAAGCACAUAUUUCAAGCCCUCUCGCCUCUGCAAUCACACACCGCUCCUGGCAUUACAAAAAUCACAGUGCAGGCAAGUAGCAGGAACCAGGCACUAAUAGUAUUGUCAGCACACCAACCCAGUUAACUAACUUGCUCAGACGUUCACCCAGCUCUCACCCGGCAGGGUAACUUGAAGAUUUAUAGGGGCUGGGGAAUGCUGGCAACCAGCAAGCCCCAUCACAUGCUCCCACUUUGGGGACUAGUUGUUACAACCUUCCUGAGGGGCCUCACCCAGCGAUACUUGCUCACAGGAUAGCUACUUCAUGACACAAUGGACAUUAAAAAAAACACACCUCAUGGCAAUCAAGUAGGGUGGUGCCCUUGUCCCAACUCCUGACAACCUCAAAGGAACAGCUUCUCUUAGUGGCUGCUCUUAUAACAUGCCAUACAUAGCUCCUACAUAGCUCAUGAAGCUGUCUUCCCCCAAGACACAGGUGUUAAAAGCCAGUUGUUCAGCAGCAAGGAGCAGAAAAUAGCUGCCCAGCUAUUCUGCUAGCAGCUAUGACUAAAAGGCUAAAUGGUCAGGGCUCACAGAAACACAGGGGUAGGGGAAGGCAUACAAAAAAAUUAUGAAAGCUUCUUGAUCAAAUGUUUGAUCAGUCACUUGGCCAGCAUCCCAGCCUGACUUUAAAGGGCUCACUUCACUUUCUCUUUACAGUGUUUCCAACUUUUAACUCCUUCAUAUUCCUAUUAUAGGUAUCCAUGCAUAUAUUUCCUGCCAGAUCACUUAUGAAACCCCAAAUGUAAUUUCUGUGUUGCUGAAUUUAUGUUCUGAUAUUCUACUCAUCGAAUAUUUCACUUUAAAACUCAGCAUAUAAGGGUCAGCUACACACCCUGCUGAGAACACUAGGAAACCUGUUGAGGCUCUUUGCCUGAGUAGUUUCAGAAUACCGUACAUAAAUUCUGUUGAGAGCUGCUGCUAAAUUGCAUUAGAAUUCCUCAUACUUGGCCUGUGAAUCAUGAAUCUCUGUGUGCUUAUUGCUGUACUGCAGAAUAAGUGCCCAAUUCAGGUGAGAGUGGCUCUCAUCCUUCCCUAUCCAGUAGCUGGCAGCUUUUUCUUGCUUUGUAAGUGGUUAACAAGUCACAUUAGUGUCCUGUUUCUUUUCCUGAAGAGAGAGGAGAGAUUAUUGGACAAAGCGAACAUAAUUUGGAGCCACAUUCAUAUUUACUCUUGCAUUUUAGGAGUAUCAGAGACCUUUUGAGCUUCUGUGAUUAGAAAUUAGGGAUAAAUUAUAAUUAAGCAUGUACUCCCAAAUGUAUUGCUCUGCUUUCCUUUGGACCACAUCAGCGAGGCCAAGGGGGAGGGUCUUGUCAACCUGGGCAACCAGGACCUCCAUAUACCGUAUUUUUCGUUCUAUAGGAUGCACAUUUCCCCCUCCAAAAAUUAAGGGGAAAUGUGUGUGCGUCCUAUAGAGCGAAUGCAGGCUGCGCUGCUAAGCCCAAAGCCAGAACAGGAAGACAGAGCACUGCGGAGCGCUCCGUCUCGCUGCUCUAGCUUGGGGACGGCUGCGCGCAAACCUCUGCAGGGCAGCAGGGUGCCUUCACCCCGCUGUCCUGCAGAAGCUAGCAAGGCUGUUCCCAAGCCAGAACAGCGAGACGGAGGGCUCCGUCUCGCUGCUCUAGCUUGGGGACGGCUGCGCGCAAACCUCUCCAGGGCAGUGGGGCGCUGAGCUCCAAAGGCUUCAGGGAUCUUUGAGGCUGGCGGUGGGGGGAAGCAGCGCUUCCCCCCACCGCCAGCCCCACAAGCUCUGGUGAAUGUACCUUGAACGCACCUUGUUUUAGAGGGGGAGAACAAGAAAAAAAAAUUUUUCCCUGUUCUCCCCCUCCUAUGAUCCGGUGCGUCCUAUGGUCCGGUGCGUCCAAUGGAGCGAAAAAUACGGUACACUGCCCAGGCUUGUGCCCCGAGUAUGUCACUUUUGUGCUGCUAACACAGCAGAUUGACUCCUCCCCCCCACCCAAUGCACUCCAUUGUCUCUUGAGACAGACGGAUGCCAAUAACUCCUAUUAAUAUUAAUGUGACUUAAGAGUGACUGAUUUGGGUUGGACCAUGGCCUUUAUACCAAUACAUAAUACAACUAGAUGCAAAAUAAUACAGAGAAGGUAGCAUGAACUGGUAAUGUGGAGUAUUUGUAUUCUUCUGCCAGUGUUCUGCGUAUCUUAUGGUGCCUUAGCGUUGCUAGUGCCUUUGUGCUGCCAGGUGCAUUAGAGAUGGAAUGCAUUCUUGACAGCCUCUCCUGAAACGUUUCGUGUAGCUUAUCAGGAAUUGCAAACCACAAGCCACAAAUUCAAUCACUGUAGUACAAGUGAUUGCUUACCACAAAUUCCCCCCUAAUGGCCAGUGCUUCCAGGCAGCAGGCCACAAGAAAAGAUUCUUCAGGUGAAGUUCACUAGGCAAAGGUUGGAGACCUGUGCUGCUCCAGAUGUUAUGUGACCUCAGCUCUCAUCAUCCCAUGACCAUUGGCUAUGUGGGUUGGGAUUUGUUGGUGUAGAGUCCAACACCAUCUGAAGGUAGAGCAUGAGACUCUUAAUCUCAGGGUUAUCGGUUCGAGACCCAUGUUGGGCAAAAGAUUCCUGCAUUGCAGGGGGUUGGGUUAGAUGACCAUCUCCUCGCCCUUGCUGACUUUGGACAUACAGUGGUGCCCCGCAAGACGAAUGCCUCGCAAAACAAAAAACGCGCAAGACGAAAGGGUUUUUCGUUUUUUGCGUCGCUUCACAAGACGAUUUUCCCUAUGGGCUUGCUUCGCAAGACGAAACUUCUUGCGAGUUUUUUUUCCUUUUUCUCAAAGUGACCACAAAGGUGAGCUCCGGUCGCGCGGCCGAGGGAAGCCCCGCUGUGGGUCGUCCAAAGUCAGCCCGAGCACGCCACUCACCUAAAAGGCAUGGAGAGACGGAGGGAGCGCGCAAGGAUCCCGGUGCAGAGGAGGCUCCUGCAGCAAAAUAAAGGCAGUCGGCAGCCGGAGGGCUCCAGGACCCGGAGCUGCGGCGGGGCUGUCAAUGGCGUUGCCGGAGACUCCUCCCUCUGGGCCUCGCUCUCUCCGCCUUCGCCGCCGCUUGCCCUGCCUGCGAUCGGCCGGGCUCAUUGCUCCGCUCUGCAGAGCGCAGCGCAAAGCGCGGCGGGACAGGUGUCCAGGGACGCUUUGGCUGAGCGCGCCCGGGAUCGGAGGUGCGGGGUGCUUGCUGCAGAUCUUAUCUUCCGGGGUCGCUGGGAUGGCGGCGGUCGGGGCUUGUGUUAUGUAAGCGCGUCAGGAGGGACUGCUUAAGAGGCCGGACGAGGCUUAUGCAAUGGCCAGAUGCUCCCUAGGGGUCGAGGCUUGCAGUUGCGGGAACGAGUUUAUACCUGUAGCCAUUAAGCCGCUAAUAGCCGUGCUUCGCAAGACGAAAAAACCGCAAGACGAAGAGACUCGCGGAACGGAUUAAUUUCGUCUUGCGAGGCACCACUGUACCUGCUCUUGGCUGAUUUGUGAGACUGGGUAGAGUUGGGGCAAUUAGCCCUGCCCAGGGGCUUCCAUAGACUGAUCUGGUGUUGGAUGUCCAUUGUUAUUUUUAGAAUCUGAUGUGCUAUUUGCUACUUAUCUGCUUUAAAUGGCCUUUGCCAACCUGAUGCCCUCUAGCUGUUUUGGACUGCUUGGCAAAGGCUGUCUUAAAAGCCCUGGGCUGUGACAUCUAUUUUCAAGGUUUAUAUAGCUGCAAGGUCUUUGAUGUAUAGCAUCAUUUAUCAGGGUUGACUUCAGGGUCCCCCCCCCCCCAUACUUCCAUUUCCAUCCUCUAUUUCCACAAUGAUGUGUACAAGGCAGCUCUCAAAGCCACCAGUCAUAAAAGCUUAAUAAAUGGUCCAGCAAUGAAGGUAGCAGUGGAAAGCAUCAGAGGCCAAAUUAAGAAAAUGCCUGGGGUAAUAAAAUCUUUGGUGCCUGUAGGUCUUGUUCAAGCUGGCCUGCUUCAGCACUGCUCUUCCUUGUUUACCAUGCCCUUUUAACUCUCAGGAGAGUUCUCUGUUCCGCAUUUGGUGAGAAUAGAGUGUUUAGGCAUCUCAUGCUUGCAUUUCUGCCUGGGAGGAUUUCACAAGAGUAUUAUAUGCGCUCAGUUGAUAUCAUGCACGCUUAUAAUGUGAUGGAGGUGAAGAGGCCGAUAGCCUUUAUGAAUGUAAAUGGUUGCUUUAGAGAUGUAGUACGCGCUGUGUUGAGCAAAGUGAACCCCUGCCUGGCUAUGCGUUAAUGUAGAAAAUAAUUCCUUUCUGCAAAUAGAUGAGAAAAAGCAGUAUGCUGCUAAAAGUGAAUGACCUGUCUUCCAGAUUGUUACACUUAUCUGCUGUCUGGAAUCCUGCUAAUUCUGAACCAAAUCCUGUUAACUGGGAUCUAAGAGAGCUGAUCUAAGUGGCCUGAUUGGAAGAUGAAGUUUGGCUCGCCAGCCAUGAUUUGUGUGAGCCACGUGCUUAGAUUUGCUCAUGGCUCAGGGCAAAUGAUACGAGUUCCCUUGUUAAAAGGUUAAGAUAUACUGGGACCCAGUGCAUCCCUCAACACCACCUUCUUGGCCUAUUUAAUUGGGACCAGGCUACACCUAAUGUUAAUUUCAUUAAAGGAAUUAAAGGAAUAUGUUUAAGAGUGUAAAUAGCUGCUGAGCGACACCCUAAGCAGGAUAGUGGCUGUUGCAUUGGGAGGGUAGACUUAAGUCUUACUGGUGAAAAUCCAUCCACUCUCCUGCCUCUUACAGCUGGUUCUGAUGGGAGCUUCCCACCCAGGACAGAUAGCAGCUUUGGGAAAGGGGGUUUUCACCAGGAGCAUGUCAGGGGCCAAAGGGUUAAUCCACACACAGUCCUGGCCAAGGGAAGCUUUCAUAGCAAAUAUAUGUAUAUAUACUCUGCACCUCAUGUGUAGUCGAGCCCUUUGUCCCAACUAAUCAAAAGGUGCAAAAUCUAUGCCCGCAAGAUGAGCCUCUUUUUGGUUUCUAGGCUGCUUGUUUGCAACAUGCUAUUGAACACAGUAGCUUGCGAGCUCUUUAUGACUAUUUCCAGAGUGCCAUGAUUAAACAAGCCACACCUUGCUAGUCAAAUCAAAGUGCUUUGUUCGUAAUCUGAUUGCAAUGCAGCUCUCCUUACUGCUCCUCUGCUUUGUUGCAGUCUCACUCAAGUACCCAAAUCACUCUUGCAUUAUCAUUAUUUGUGAAUGAAAACUGUCCAGCCUGGUUUACUAGUACUUUAUAUAGGCCUCAAGUAAAUGUUACUGGAAGCUAAACUUCGGAACCUUGUGGGGAUUCCUUUUACUUCGUGUCAGGCUGCUAACGUUGGGAUCAAGAGGUAGACUUAAUUUAAUCUUUCUCUCUUGCCCCUGCCCUACCCUGUUAGAUGAGUCACUGGUGUAGAAAUGCCGUUAACACUUCAGCAGUGUGUGUUGUAGAGUUGCAGUGCAGUGAGCUAGUUUAGCACAGUUAAAACUGAACUGUGAAUUGGGAAGCUCCUACUUCAGACCUUGCCUUCGCUAUAAAGUUUCUAUCAGACCCUGCACUCCCUUGGCUUUCGUUCUGCCCCUGCAGUGUGGUGGUAGUACAGACCCCGCUUACAGGAUACCAUAAGGAUUACUGAGAAAGUAUGCAUGAAGCUUUUUGAACUUUUAGAAGUGCUUUAUUAUGAGCAAAUGGCUCCUGUGUCAACCUAGAGGGAGGGCCUGGGUGGAAUGCCACUUUGUCUUAGGUCCUGUGCUGCUCAACAUCUUUAGAAAUGGCUCCAAUGAAGGAAGAGAGGGGAUGCUUAACAGAUUUGCAGAUCACGGGAAGCUGUUGGAAGGGGUGGCUAAACACCAUAAAAGACAGUGUCAAGUUUGGGUUGGAUGGGUUAGAAUGCUAGGCCACAACCAACAACAUGAAAUUCAACAGAAAUAAAUGUGAAGUCUUGCAUUUCACUACCAAAUUUCAGUGGUGGAAAUGCAGUGUGGAGAGAGACCCAACUCAGCAGCAAUACAUGUGAAAAGGAUCUAGGUGUCUUAGCUGAUCUCAAGCAGGACAUGAGCCAGCAGUGCAGCUGCUAGGAAGGUUAGUGCAAUUGCAGGCUGCAUUAAUAGGAGCAUAGUGUCCAAAUCACAAUAAGUAGUCGUCCCACUCUAUUCUGUGUCAGUCAGGCUGCAUUUGGAAUGUGCUGUUGGUUCUAGGUUUUGCAUUUUAAGGAGGAUACUGUCCAACUAUGGUAUGUCCAGGGAGAGAGUGGCUGGGAUGGUGAAGAGUCUGGAAACCAAGUCAUAUGAGCAACAGCUGAAAGAAUUAACCUCGUUUAGCUUGGAGAGGAAAAGAUUGGAGGGAGGGAACGUGAUGGCAAACUUGGAUUUACCUGAAGGGCUGGCAUGCAGAAGAUGGAGCAGAUCUGUGUUUUCUCACUUCAGAGGGCGGGAACCAGGCUGGAAAUAGGGGGGAAGCUUAGCAUCAAGAGAAGCUUCCCAAUGGUAAGAGCUGUUUGACAGUAGAAGAGGCUGCUUGGGGAGGUGGUCUGCCCUCUUUCAUUGGAUGGAUUGAAGCAGAGACUUGGUGGUUAUCUGCCAGGGAUGCUGCCGUUGCAUCUGCGCUACAGAUCCUGUGCUGAACAGGGAGUUGGACUAAUGACCUCAGAUUCCAUGGAUGCUUGUGGGCAGUGGCAUGCCAUAGCUUACCUUUGGUACUUGCAAAAGCAUAGGUGUUUUUGUGUACAAGUUGCAUAUGAGAGAGGUGGUAGUGAAUAGAUGCAGCAGUGGAAGGUAAGUAGUUUUUCUUGUGUUUUGGGAGUUGGUCACAGAAGUGAUUUAUUGUCUUGAGAGGGGGAAGUCACUAUGUCAGCCUUUAUGUAUCUGUCAAAAUAGCAUUUACACAUACUUAAAAUUGAUCUGAAUGUCUCAUGAAUCUAUUUUCUUCUCUCUCCCCUCCUCCCUUUCUCUUUUAAAGUUGCAGGAAUCAUUACUGCUGAUUUUGCCUCUGGUCUAGUGCACUGGGGAGCAGAUACCUGGGGAUCUGUCGAUCUGCCAAUAGUUGGAAAGGUUUGUCUUUUUAUUAUUGGGAAAUAAUAAACUUCAAUAAUCUUCAGGCAGUAAUAGAACAAAACACUAUCGCUUAAGUAGGCAGAAUUUGAGUGCAGAGCUUGAGAAUCCUGAGCUUCACCUUUUCAGAAUUAUCCACUGCAGUCAUUGUAUCUAAACUAUUAUUUGGCUGUUGGGAAUAUGCUUUGGGCUUGCACACUCCCUCCAACUCUCUCUUUCACUUCUCAGUUUGCGGUAACCAUGGUUGGGCAGGUUCAGAUUUCAUGGCAAACUUUAGUUAACUGCAAACCAGGGAAGAAGGGAAUCCAGUCACGCAAAGGGAGGAGGAACCCCGUGAGCCCAAAACACAUUCCUAAAGUCUGGGUUUGGAAUCUGUAUCUGGCCAAAGUUGCAGGACCUCAUGCUUUCAAACGUCUUAAAGCGUAAUGGCAAAUUGUCAUGUGCCAACGUAGAUCAAAACAACUUACUCGCAUGUGCAUCUUUUGGAGUAAGAUUACAGGAGCACAUGCAGAAUGUCUUCUGACCGGUUUGGGACUUUUUAGUGUUAUUGAAAACAAGCAAAUGUUGCUACUGAGAUCUGCAGUACACAGCUUGUGCUUUCUCCCCCACCCCUAAUCUACCAAUCUGCUUUUGGUACUAACAGUUCAUCCUCACUUCACUGUUUGCUGUCGUAAUGCUGAGUAAUGCAAGUGUCUUCUCUGUUGAUCAGACUAAUGAAAGACGGCAUUUGCUUUCUCCUUCCCUGCUCCCCACUUUAUCCCAUCUUAAUAAGCUUGGUGUACUUAACAGCAAAAAGGACAUGUAAUCCUAGGUUAAACUGGUUCUAGGUUGAGCGAGCCAGGAUAUAUUGAAUAGCCAUCCCUGUGACAUGCGCUGUUGCUAACUUUGAGAUUACAGUGUGUGUGGUGCUAAGCCAGCUCCUAGUCGCUUGCAUGGUGAUCACACUGUACCUAUAAAUACAGACACUAACAUUUGAAUUCAGGCCAAUAACAGUGCUUAAGAGUUAUCUGUAACCUGUGAGUCCCUGCAUUCAAAUCUCACCUCUGCCAUGAGUUCACAGCGCGUUUGACGUUAAAACAGCCAGCAGAAAUUGCACCUUAACACUGUACUGUAUCCCUGCUGGAGGAGCACACUCUACCCUGGGUGGGACUCUGAGUUUGGGAAAGUAAGAAAGCUCUAUUACAGGAAAUGCAUGCUUCGCAGGAAAGAUGCUAGUUCUGUCUAUCUCAGGUGGAGAGGCCUUGAGCCAUUCUUGCUGUUGUAUCGCAACAGGCGAAACACAAAGGAGGUCUCCUCUACCAAGGUGAGGGUGAAGAAGCAAGUAGGAAAUGAGAUCAGCAGCCUAUGAAUAUGAGUAGCACUUGGGGGAAGGUCAGCACAAGCUAGGUCAGAAAGGACAGUCUAGGAAACCUGGAGGUUCCUCUCUAUUCUUUCCUAUGCAGACACAUCAGCCUCUAGUUCAAGCUGUGUUGCAUCCCAGCACUUCCAACAUAGCCUCAGGCAAGCCCACCAUAUUUCAGUAUGGGGAGAGAAUAACCUCUGUUCUCCUAGCCCAAGUCACUGUGGCCUAGAACUUGAAAAUAAACGAGUUGUCUGCUUGUGGAAAGAGAGAAUUCUCUCCAGGUGACAGGCCAGGUUGGUAGGUCUCUUUUUGAGACCUAAAUUAACUACGUAGGUAAUUUGUGGGCAGGGGUAUCUAGUAAAAAUUUGUGCAGGCUAUGGACUUCAAAGACUGACAGACAUCUCCCCCGCCCCCGUAUUUACUUUUAAAGGCUUUUAUCAGACCUUUCAGAGAACAUCACAUUGACCCAACAGCAAUUACAAGACAUGACUUCAUAGAGACCAAUGGAGAUAACUGCAUGUUGACGGUAGUUCCAUUGGCAAACAUGGCCUACAAACUGGUUUCUUUAUCACCAGGUAAGUGACUAUAAAUCCACGAGUAAACUGGACUUGCAGCUUCCACGGUGUACAGUGAAUAGGCCUUUGACCUCCGAAGAGACAGGCAGAAUGUAGCUGUUUAUACGAGAACAGCUGAGAAGGCUGAAUGUGUUUGUGAGACAGACUGCCUUUCAGCCCCUGCAAGGAACCCAGAAGUGGUUUACAGUAGUUUUUAUCUUUGUGGGUGGAGCAGUAUAGUGUCAGAGCAAGAAAAAAUAGUUGCAGGUUAGUAAAGGAGUAGAGUGGCAUGAGAACUAACUUGCCACCAUUUCAAAGAUUUUUCUAGAAUAUUUAAACCAUAAGUUGCAAGGUUUAUAUCAACCUAGUCUUAACCUGAUAUUUGAAGGUAGGAACCACUUCAUCUAGUGUGUACUGUGGCAGAAGCAAAGGUAAUCUGUAAUAUACACCCAUGUUAAAAGAUGCAUCUGGUGAGUGAACCAAGCCAAAUACUAAAAGCGGUGGCCCAAAGCAUCCCUCUAAUUGCUAGCAAGUCUUACACUAGUAAAGGGAGAAUGGGAAAGAUAACUACCUUGAGAUAUUGUGAUCAUUUUCGCUUUGGAAGCGAAACAAAGCCUAUUUGGAGCUACCCUGAGGAUGUAGCUUGUAAUUAAACAUCCAACACAAUUCUUUUAUUUUAUGAGUAGCUUAACGUGGAUGGAGAAAGGGUGCUUCCAGAAUGGGGCUUGAUAUUGUUAAUGGGUUGAUCAGUUAGCACAAAUGGGUUGUGGGCAAUAGUGUUUUGCUUUCGUUUUUAGUUUAUUGGGGUUUCCCUGGGAAGCUUAACCCCAGAUUAAAUGGGGGUUGGAAUAUGGACGGAUACUCUGACACCAGAGAUGUUGUGCAGACACUGAAAAAAUUGCAUGCAUUGGGAGCACCCAUCCCACCAUGAACCGCCCAUCUGGAAGCACCCCAAGAGAAUGUUUCUGGCGUAGUUAAGUAGAACUUAAAUGCCUAUCAGUUUGAACUUGAAGGUCAGUUCACGCUUGGCAUGGCAAAUGUACCCUGAUGUUCACAGUGCCGCAUGCCUCAAAGUGGGAUGGGAAAACAAUAUAGUCUUGAGCGGUAGACAACACAUGUCCUUAUCAAUAAUUGGCUUGUUGAAUCAGACAGAGUUCCCUCUGAUGAAGCAUUCUCGUGUUGUACAAUGAACUGCUUAAAUGUAACCAUCAUUUAGAAAGAGUUCUGGUAUUUUUUUUGGGGGGGGGGGAGGGAGACCUAUGUGUCUAGGCACCUUCUAUUGCCAGCUUAUUUCAGUGAGAGUCAUGUAGAUCGUACUCCCUCUUUUCUCCCCCCUUUCUAGAAGCAUUACACCAAUCGUGCCCUUGGGAGUGUUACGUCUUUGCCCUGGCUAUAUUUGGAACCUUGACAAACCAGAUUCACAAGUGGUCUCACACCUACUUUGGUCUUCCUCGCUGGGUUAUCUUCCUGCAAGACUGGCACGUUAUCCUGCCACGCAAACACCACCGGAUCCAUCACGUGUCUCCUCAUGAAACUUAUUUCUGCAUUACUACAGGUAAAUAGAAGUGAAGCUUCUCUUUCAUUGAUGAGCAGACGUCAGGCUUAUGGGUUCUAUUUUUUCUGCUUUUUCAAAAAAAACCUAAAACUGAAAGCCACCAGCUGGAGCCAGGUGCAACAUGUGGGAAAAUGUUACGAGUCAAGGAACAGGGUGAAUGUGCUCAGCUCCCAGGUAUUGGUGACCAUUACUGGAAUUAAGCGCUUAGGCUCGUCAACACAGUCACUCCUGCUCCCCCCCCCCCCACAUGGUGCACUGUGCCUUCCACCAGCUAAGGCUGGUGCACCUGCUAUGACUCCUUUUGGACAGGUAUAGCUUACAAUGCAGUUACCCAAACUCUGGCGGUCGCCUGUAAUGCAUUGCCUGUGCAGCUGCCAUCUGAAACUUCAGCUAGGGCAGCAACAGAGCUGCUGACUGGGACCAGUCAGUGGGGAUAUAUCAUACACGUGUAUUAGCAACUUGCUAUUCCAACACGAGCCUGCUUGUACAUUUAGAUCUCUUUCGAGUCGCCUCUUCUGGGUGUCGACACCAUUUUGGAAUGAGGCAGGCAGCGACUGCGGAGAGAACUGACAUUGCUGUGAGCGCCCCUUCUUCAGGGAUGUUCACCUGCCAUGGUGAAGAGGCACUUCUGCCCACUGGAAGUGCAUAUGCUCUCUGCAUUCAAAAACCCCCAGAGCCCAGCAAGAGCCACUGUAAUGUAAACAGUGCUAAGCUAGAUGGACCCAGUGGUUUGACUCAGUAUAUACAUCAGCUUCGGGUUGCACCAAAUGGGGACCGUUCUUUUCCCAGGCUCUUUGUUUCUGGUUGUUUUAACACUCCAGUUCUAUCCCAUUUUAAAAAAUUUGUUUUGUAUGAUCUGGUAAGCAACCCUGGAAUACAGUGGUACCUUGGGUUAAGUACUUAAUUUGUUCUGGAGGUCUGUACUUGACCUGAAACUGUUCUUAACCUGAAGCACCACUUUAGCUAAUGAGGCCUCCUGCUGCUGCCGCGCCGCCGGAGCACGAUUUCUGUUCUCAUCCUGAAACAAAGUUCUUAACCUGAAGCACUAUUUCUGGGUUAGCGGAGUCUGUAACCUGAAGCAUAUGUAACCUGAGGUACCACUGUAUAGUAUAUUGAAGUAAAUACAGUGGUACCUCGGGAUGCGAACGGGAUCUGUUCCGGAGCCCCGUUCGCAUCCUGAACAUAACGUAAGACACGACAGCGUGUCUGUGUGGGUCCCGUUUCGCCGCUUCCGCGCAUGCGCGUGACGUCAUUUUGACCAUUGCGCAUGUGCGAGCGGCAAAACCCGGAAGUAACGCACUACGUUCCUUCUGGGUCGCUGCGGAGCACAACCUGAACGCGCUCAACCUGAAACGUAUUUAUCCCGAGGUAUCACUGUGUAUAAAAAUGUUUGUGAGCAGAAAGAGCUUCUUUGAGUACACACAACUGUGGGGCUAAUGUUUUCAUCCAGCGGUAGCUCUCUAGUGCCUUGCCUGGGUCUGGAGGGUCAACUUUUUAAUGUGUGCAGGGAGCUGGUGCUGGAAUGAGGGAGGUUGCACAGAGCAGAGCGCUACCCAUCAAAGUUUGGAAUCCCUACAUUUAUUAAAUCACAUCUGUGUUGCAGUCCUAAUUACUGUUUACAGCAAUACUUUUACACAUAAGACAUUCAUAAUCUGGGACUUGCAAAUCAAACCACAGCGGUUUACCAUUGGAGCCAACAUUCCGCCCCCCCCCCCCCGCCCAUUCCUUUGAAAAUUUUGACGUGGAAUAAAUGGUAUUGGGUAUCAUUGUUUCGACACUUGAUCUUCCUAUGUUUGACAACAACACAUGAUUCCAGGGUUUAUAUCUGAUAGCUAGCAUUCAGUGAUAUUCAACACCUGGUGUUCAAUGGACUGUUAUAUUUGAUCGUUGGUGGCUUGUGGCAUUUGGUAUUUUGACAGCUAACACUCAUUCCAGCCCAGUCUAAAUUACUCUUAAUUUUGUCAUACUAAAAUUUGUUUUGUGGCCAGGUUCCAAUUUGAGAUGUUGAGCGACUCCAGAGCUCUGUCCAGUCUAAAUUACUCUUAAUUUUGUCAUACUAAAAUUUGUUUUGUGGCCAGGUUCCGAUUUGAGAUGUUGAGCGACUCCAGAGCUCUGUCCCCUCAACUAACUGCAAAGUUUAUCUUUCCACAUUUCCUGUCCUUCACUUUCCCUGCAAGGCGAGAGCAGCAGAGUGUAUCAGUAACACCUCUUUCCCCUUGACACAGCUACCGCAAUAUGUUCCCAAGUUUAAAGGGGAUCAGUCGCUGCUUUUGCAUCACCUCUUCAAAAUUGGACUUGGCAUUCCAGUUUUUAUUGGCGUGUAGCAACUAAUUACAAAUGCAUGCUAGUUGAACAGGAGCUGUGUGUAAAAGUUGAAUAAGCUGGUUGGUGUAUGGAAAACCUGUACUAAAUCAAACUUGGUUGACAGUUUGCAUGGUUUGAAAGUAGCCCUUAAAAAUGUGGUUAAUGAGACUUGUGUUGUGUUGAACACUUUCAGUUUCAAAAAUAAAGCUCCCAUAUAGGUGGAAAGCUUUAGAGUGCAAUUGUUUAUACACUUAGUAAAGGUAAAGGGACCCCUGACCAUUAGAUCCAGUCGUGACCGACUCUGGGGUUGCGGUGCUCAUCUCGCUUUAUUGGCUGAGGGAGCCGGCGUACAGGUCAUGUGGUCAGCAUGACUAAGCUGCUUCUGGCGAACCAGAGCAGCGCACGGAAACGCCGUUUACCUUCCCGCCAGAGCGGUACCUAUUUAUCUACUUGCACUUGAAGUUCUUUCGAACUGCUAGGUUGGCAGGAGCAGGGACCGAGCAACGGGAGCUCACCCCGUGGCGGGGAUUCGAACCGCCGACCUUCUGAUCAGCAAGUCCUAGGCCCUGUGGUUUAACCCACAGCGCCACCUGCGUCCCAGUUUAUACACUUACCUGAAGCCAAUCCUAUUGAAGUUAAUGGGAUUGACAUCAGGUGACCUGCUUCUACCUGAACCUCCAUAAGAUGGAGGUACAUACUACUCCUGUUGAAUGACCGAAAUAAUCAUUUGCCUUGCAUUUUACUUUUUUAUUAGACUAUCUUAAAACAAAUUAAUUCAAUUACCUACAACUGUACUUCAUUUACAUCUGUAUUCUCUCCCUUUCUAUCGUUUUCCAGGCUGGCUCAACUAUCCGCUGGAGAAAAUCAGAUUUUGGAGGUUCCUCGAGAUUAUCAUUCAAGGACUGACCGGAGAAAAACCAAGAGCAGAUGACAUGAAAUGGGCCCAGAAAAUAAAAUAAACUCUUGCCAGGCUUCUGCAGUCCUUAUACUUGUUGCCAAUAUUUUUAAAAGAAAAAAGCCAUCAGCCAAAUUAAAGACUUGUAAAGAAAUAAUGGACUAAAGCACAAUGCUUUUAAAAAGUGCUAACAGACUGCAGUUAAAGGACUCACUCUUCAAAAUAAUACUUGAAAAUGCAAAUGGCUAAUUCCCAUUUGUACGGAGCACCUUCUGUUAGCCACAUCUGCUGAUGUUGACCAUUUUCGUCCUUGAGUCUCAAAAGCCAUUAGUUGGAGAAGACAAUGCACCAUUUUCUAGUAAGAUAUGUCAUUGGCACAGUAAAAUGUGUUGUAUCAACAUGAAUUACCACUUUGAAAACAGGGUUAAGACCAAUGUGGAAUAAUGAAGAUAAGCAGACAAGCACUGCGUUUUUAAGGAGCAGGUUCAAACUGCAUGGGAAAAAAACCAGCCAGAGGGGAAAGGAGGUUUAUGAAAUUGUCACCACUUCAAUACAUUUAAUGUUUGGUACACCUUCCAGUUGCUUCAUCUUGCUAUCAUGUCCAGUCUUAGUCUAUGUGGUGUGCAACAGAACAUUUGGGAGUCUCGUUCUGCUAGUGGAUAAGGAUCCUUAUUGUCGUCUGUCUCCUGAAAUAAACAAGUGUUUUUACUUCCUUGAUAUCUGAGCAGACUGUUGCUGUAUAAGCCUGCAACUGACUUGGUAGCAACCUGGGAAGAAGAGCAGAACGUGUUCUGCGCAAGUGUCCAAACAUAAAAGACGCUUGUGUUAGGUCGUUUAGUGUUCAGCAGUUGGGAUUCCUUUCAGUAUGAUUCCUCUUCCAAUAAUCAUUGUUCAAAGUAGCUCUAGGAAAUUGGGCACAUGAUUUAUAUGUUAGAAAGGGAUAGGUUAAUGGUGUGUAUUUUUUAAAGGUGCUUGCUCAUUCAUGUAAAUAUUAUAAAGCCUUAAUCUUUUUGGUGUAACAUGGAUUAAUAUUUUAAUGUGGUCUGGAUGUAUAUAAUAUAUUUAUAACAAAGCAGUUUGAUUAUACUAAUUGCAUUUGUUCAGUCUCCUUGCAAUUUUUAUUUUUAUUGUGGUUUGAGGGUGUGACCUCAUCUCUAGCAGGCAAAUACAAAUCACAGAGCAAUUUAAUAUAUCAUGCUGAUCCUGACAAAACCCAUGAAGCUGUGAGUGGAUUUCUUGAUUUGUACAGAAUACUGUUGAAAAGUCAGUGUUCUAGAAAAUAAAUCCAUCAGGGUAGAUCUGUGGAACUCUGUGCCUCUACAGAACAAUUAGAAAUGUAGAUAUUUGUGCUGCAGUGGGUUGAUUUAACUCAAGUUUUCCAUUGAAUACUUAUUUCUUAAUAUAAAUCUGAUGGCCAAACAUGGUUAACUUACAGAUAAAAAAAAUCCCGAAGCAGUUCACAAAGCAAACUCCCUUCAGCCUCAAAACAGUGUGUUCAUAGAAUCCUAGAGUUGCAAGGGGCCAUGAGGGUCAUCUAGUCCAACCCCCUACAUUGCCCAGUGUGGGACUUGAACCCACAACCCUGAGGUUAAGAAUCUCAGGCUCUACCAACUGAGCUAAGUUAAAACAAUACCAUAGACUUUUACAUUUACAAAAACUGUCACAAUAAUCAACACACCUUCCAGGCAAAUAAAAUAACCCAAUGAAAGGGAAGGCAUGAUUUACCUUUGCCAUCAGCUGAUAAUGCCAGACGGGUCUCUAAGAUAAUUGAUCCAACAGCCCGGAUUGGAAUGAUCUAACAACUUGGGAGUCGCUGCGUCAUUAAACUUCAGAAAAAAUAUAUAUACACAAAUAAAGCUGUAUUUGACGGACGAAAGGAUAGAUGAUUUUUGACAUGAGUGAGAAUCAUAGAGCAAGGGACGGAGAACUUUAAAGUGUUAAGAUCAGGAUGUGGAAAAUAUGAAAACAAUGAGAGGAGGUAGGAUUGAAGAUUUGGAGAUAUGCUUCAGAGGUCCAGACUACAGGGAGCCAAGAAAAAUUAAUAAUUACAAUUUGGACUACAAUUUGGUCUUGUCUUUUUAGGUUUUUUUUAAAAAUCAGAUUAUGAUGUGGAUAUAUUGAUUGGCUAUCUUUAUUGGAAAAUCAGUAAAAAUGACUUAAUAAAAUAAGAUGGCUAAUGGCUGUCAACACUUGUCCUGCAUGUUCUGGACAGCUCAGGGAUUGAAGUAUCUGUUUUGCAUGCAGAAGCAGUAGGGCUGGGAGACCUCAACCUAAAACUGAGAACCACUGUCAAGUCAGUGACAGUGUAGACAGUACUGAGUUAAAUGGACCAGUGUCUGAUUCAGUAUAAAGCAGCUGUUGAUGUUCAAUUCCUGGAUGGGUGCGUGACCAUUAUGGAAUUGUAGAAUUGGAAGGUUUCCCGAGACUCAUCUGGUCCAACUCCCUGCAAUGGAAGAAUCUCAACUAAAGCAUCCAUGACAGAUGGCCAUCCAACCUCUGCUUGGAAACCUCCAAGGAAGGAGAGUCCACCACCAUCCAAGGGAGACAGUUCCACUGUCGAACAGUUCUUGCUGUCAGAAAGUUCUUUGUGAUGUUAAGUCGGAAUCCCCAUUCUGGUAACUUAGAAGCCUUUGAAUGUUUGGGUCCUACCCUCCAGAGCAAGAGAAAAUAAACUUGCUCCAUCUUCUAGGUGAUAGCUCUUUAGAUAUUUGAAGAUGGCAAUCGUAUCUCCUCUCAAUCUCUGCUUAUUCAGGCUAAACAUACCCGCCUGGGAUAAGCUGUGCC